AUGAGCUCCAAAGGUGAGGCUGUCAUGCGUGACCUCAUAGCAGAACUGGAGGAGAUGCAUUCCCACUACACCGUCCAGCGGUUUAUUAGUAGUGGCAGUUAUGGUGCCGUCUGCGCCGGUGUGGAUGAAAAUGACUGCGCCGUGGCAAUCAAACGUGUCUUCAACACCCUCUCUGACGGCCGUACGGUGAACAUUCUUUCAGACCCAUUUCUUUGCAAGCGUGUGUUGCGGGAAAUUAUGCUGCUUAACCACUUUCAUCACCCAAACAUUCUUGGGCUGAAGAAUAUCUUUAUUCACCUGCAGCCACCGAAUCAACACAAAUUGUAUCUUGUGACCGAACUGAUGCGCACCGAUCUUGCGCAGGUGAUUCAUGACCAGCGCAUACGCAUCUCUCCCCAGCAUAUUCAGUUCUUUAUGUAUCACAUCCUGCUUGGACUUCAUGUGUUGCAUGAGGCGGGCGUGGUGCACCGUGACCUUCACCCCGGCAACGUGCUUGUUGCGGAGAACAAUGACAUUGCCAUAUGUGACUUUAACCUCGCCCGUGAAGACACACAGGACCAGAACAAGACGCAUUACGUGACCCACCGCUGGUAUCGUGCACCAGAGCUUGUGAUGCAAUUCAAAGGUUUUACUAAGCUUGUUGACAUAUGGUCUGCCGGCUGUGUCAUGGGGGAGCUGUUUAACCGCAAGGCACUCUUCCGCGGCUCAACUUUUUACAAUCAAUUAGACAAGAUCGUUGAGGUUGUAGGCACACCGAACGAUGAGGACCUAAAGAUGUUCUCUUCCGCGCAGGCCCGCGACUACCUGCACAGCUCGCUUUCCCAUUGUAAGAAGCGACCGUGGCAGGAUGUGGUGCCAAGCGCCGACGAGGUGGCGCUUGAUCUUCUCUCGCGCAUGUUAGAAUUUAACCCGACGCGGCGCAUCACGGCGGAACAGGCGCUGCAGCACCCGUACUUUGUCUCACUGUAUGACCCACUUGAUCUCACAGAGGCCCGCAGCGAGCCGUUUCACUUCAGUGAUGUUAAUGACAUAACAAAGAUGCACGAAAUGUUUAUUAAUGAGGUGCAGCGAUUCAACACACUGCGGGAGCGGCGGGACCUCAUCGCUCAACAGCGGGCGGCGACGGCUGCGCUUGCGAGUGCGGAGAAUGUCCUCGGCGCCGAUCACAUGCUCCGCACGCUCAGUCUUAUGGAAGUGUCGGAGCUGGUGCAGAAUCCGUAG